AGCUUGAAAUAAUGCAUUCCAGCCCAUCCUGGGUUGCAGUGUGAGACACUGUCUCAAAUAAACAAGGUCUGACACAUAUCUCAGUUGGUAGAGUGCUUGUCUAGCAUGCAUGAAGCCCUGGGUUCAAUUCUGAGCACAGAAUAAAUGGCAUGUGGUAGAUCACACAUAUAAAAACGUAGAUUCAGGAAGUAGAAGCAGGAGGAUCAAUUCUAGGUCAUCCUUAGUUGUAUAGAGCCUGAUUGAGCUAGAGAUCUGCCACAAACAAACAGAAUAAGAUGGAAGAGAGGAGAGAGAGCUGUGACCUACAGGUCUGUACCUUUGUGGGGACUCAGCAUCAACAUAAACUCUGAUGAAGGUAUCAGGAUCACAGUGUUUGCUGGACCCGCUGUGUGAAGCCAGAAAUAGUGCCAGAGACCCCAUGGACUAAGAGCACUCUAUGGAAGGGUAAGCUGAAUUUUGGAAGGAGAUGGUUCCUCUGCUCACAGGGAAGGAGCAAGAGAAGAUUGACAGCCCUCACGUCCACUCAGGAAAUGAUGUGUCACAGAGGGUGGAGCAGCCUGAACAAAAAAGGAAAUACUUUCUAGGGCUCUGCCAGGAGUGGGAAGGUUGUGAGGCCCUUAGCUGAAGGCUAGUGGACAGGUAGCACCCACAAUCCAUGGUCGUGGGUGUGUCCCCUCACUGGGAGUGAUGGGAACCAGUGCCCCUGAGGCCUGGAGCAUCUUCAGAGCACUUCCUGUACCAGUUCAUCUGGAGCCUCUCAGGGGACCAGGAAGCAGAGGACAGAAAGGAGAACUCGGCAUGUGAACACUGAACUGUCUAGAAGGACACGGCUCCUCCUCCUCUUGGGCUUGGUGUGGGCAGGAGACACCAGAGCUGAAGAAAUGACCCCAAGAGUGAUGGGAGUGUGGCUGCCUUCAGCUCUGCUCCUCUUGCAGGUCCCAGACUGUGUCCCUCUGCGUGGCCCCAGCAAGGUGACAGGCACUGUGGGCGAGUCCCUGAGUGUGCGGUGUCAGUACGAGGAGGAACACAAGAAUAAUGAGAAAUUCUGGUGCAGAGUGUCACUGCGAACACCAUGUAAAGAGAUUGUCAAGACCAGAGCCUCAAAAGAAGCUGGGAAAGGCCGAGUGUCCAUCAGGGACCGUCCAGUCAACCUCACCUUCACAGUGACCUUGGAGAACCUCACCCUGGAGGAUGCAGGCACCUACAAGUGUGGGGUGGACAUUCCACUUUUUGAUGACAGAUCCAUCGUGGGAAUCAAUCCUUCCGUUGGGAUCGAUGCGUCCUUCAAGGUUGUGGUGUCCGUGGUCCCAGCUCCAGUCACAGUCUCUGUACCCAAGAUCAUAGCAAAUAUCCUGGGGUCCCCCACAUCCUCACCAGUGCACACUCAGUCCAGCGUGACCACAGAGGAUACAACUCCUGGUCCCAGCCUACAACCCCGGCCCCUGCUAAGCAGCAUCUACUUCCAGCUCCUGGUCUUUCUGGAGGUGCCCCUGCUCCUGAGCAUGCUCAGUGCCGUCCUCUGGGUGAACAGGCCUCAGCGGUGCUCUGGGGAGAAGCAACACUGUCCCGAUUAUGAGAAUCAGUGAGGUCUGUUGACGUCGGAGCCCUGUCCAUGUCCCUGGACACAGCUCUUCUGAUGGCAGAGGACAACAAAUAAAUCUGUGAUUCUGAGAAU